AUAUCAAGGCUGUCGUUGCAAGGAAAAUUUUAUGAGACUUGUGAGGGUAAUUUCCGAAAUUUUUGAAACGAAAAAGGUCAAAAUACGCCUCCAAAACCACAUGAAAUUAUCAAAAGAAAUAUGAUGGAGGAAGGUGAUCUUUUCGGCACCUCUCUCAAGGAAUAGGAAUAUUAUGUCAAACAAGCACUUCACGGAGUUAAAAUGAUGCGACGAACGAGCGAAUCAUCGCAAUAUCACGAUGAAACUCCUCGCAGAAAAGCUCGCAGGACACCCUCUCACGACUCGGAAAGACUUCACAGCAACGUGACAGAAAAUGUACCAACCUCACCAUAUUCGGAAAGGUCAUUCCACUAUAUGGGACCUCAUGGAGGCGGAACAGCUCCCAGUCCAACGCGCUCCACUCAACCUGUUAGUCCUCAUCGAAAUUACCCUCACCAUUUCCAGAGAAGUUUUAGUCAACCUGUAGGAUCAACAGGAGAACUCUCUCCAAGAUCUCCAUUUCCUCAUUCAGUAGUUUCGCCUUCACAUUACCAGUCUUCAUCUCCUAUGUAUGUAUCUCCAGCACCUUCUCCUUCAGCGCCACCCUCUACACCUUCCUGUGCGACACCCAGCAGUGUUACAUACACCCUUUCUCAUGGACCAGGUUCAGUAAGCCCACGAGGUGCGGCAUUAAAAACUCCUGACUUUUAUCCUGGCUCAGCUGAUGCAUCACAGUUAAGUCCUGCAGAUCCAAACUUUCCAAUACCAUAUUCUUCUGAACCUAAAUUUCCAGAAUUUGCAAGCCCGAGAGAACAGCAAUUUGUUUAUAGUGGAGGUGGACAUUCUCCUGGUGGAACCAUCCAUCAUCUUGGAUAUAAUACCCCUCGCAGAACCCCACCCCUUCAGAGUCCAACAGCAUUUCCAAAUCAGUUAUCACCCAGUGCAGCCACAUCUCGAAAUCAGUCUAUAGCAAGUCCCCAGGGUUCAAUGAAUCCUCAUAAUGCUCUGAAUGUUAGUAGAUCUCAUGGAGUUCUGAGCAGAGUAGGAGAGAAAUCUACUGUGCCAUCAGGGGACUUUCCAGAAAUAACAAAUUUACGCAAGUUUGUUGUUAAUUAUUACAAUGGGGAACUUGAAACAUUAAAAGCUAACUAUCGUGAGAAGCUCCAAGAGCUCUAUUUUCUUCAAUCUGGAGGACAUAUGAUGGAUUUCUUACAGUGGAAGAAAAGACCAGAUCAACAGUUUCUUGCAUUUUUGAAUUCACAUCGCUUGGAUGAUGCAUCUGCUACAAAUCCUACACCAUCAACAAUGACAGUGUCACCGUCGAGACUAUUCAUGUGGCCACAACAACAAUCUGAUUCUACUAAUCCUGGUGCAACCAACUAUUCCUCACUGCAGAGACAGGUUUAUGAGCAAGCUGGUCUUGAUCCACGAAAAGCAGUUCCCGGUAAUUUUAGUGGAAAUCCCAGUUUCAAAUCACAGCUUUCAGUUACUGAAGGAAUUGCACCCAAUGUUUCUCCUUUUACUGGAAACCAAUCUAUUGCUAGGCCGACCAUGGGCAGUUCAGUUCCACCAUUUUCACGAUCACUUUCUUUACCAAAUCCCCCAUUAGAACCGCAUGCUACACCGGGUCAUAGCAGCAAUCAUUUUGGAAGUGAAUCUACUAAUGUUGCACCAACACCUAAUCACACACCAGGGUUAAAUGUGCCACUUGCAGGAGUAUCUAACCCAACAAUUCCUAACGGACCUACUUCUUUUCCUCAUGGAGCAAAAUCAACUUUGAACACAAGAAGUCAGUCAUUGACAUCUGUACUUGAGCAGCAUUCAUUUAGCUCUCAAGAGGAUAUUGCAGUCGUAGCUAAGAAGGAAGCUGAGGUGCUCAAGAGAGUUUCUGAACUUCGUAAGGAAGGUCUCUGGGCUUUAUCUCGCCUUCCUAAAGUCCAGGAAAUGACGCGGUGCAAAGCACAUUGGGAUUAUCUCCUGGAGGAAAUGCAGUGGCUAGCAACUGAUUUUGCACAAGAAAGAAGAUGGAAGAGAGGCAUUUGCAAGAAGCUCUCGAGAGCAGUCCUCAAAUACCACCAAGAGCAGAGAAGCAAAGAAGUGAAAGCGGAAAAGGAGGAAUCUGUUCGUCUUCGAAAGAUUGCAGCAAGCAUUGCCAAGGAAAUCAAACAAUUCUGGGGUUCAGUCGAAAAGGUUGUUCAGUACAAGGUUCAGAGCAGAUUGGAGGAAAACAGAAAGAAAGCUCUUGACCUGCAGCUUAACUUCAUCGUAGAUCAGACGGAGAAAUAUUCUUCUUGGUUAGCAGAAAGUCUUGCUGUUCCACCAUCCAGUGGUCCUGCCUCUGUAGGGUCCACUGGUCCUUCUUCUCCAGUCUCAUCCAAACCUGAAGUAGGUGGUGAUAGUGAAUUUGAACCUACUGAGGAAGCUGAUGAUGAAGAAACAAUUGACAUUGAAGAGGCUCAUGAAGAAUCCACCUCCAGAGAAAACGAGCUUAACUUGUUAAAACAAGAAAGUGAGAUUCCCUUGGAGAAACUUCUGGAGAGCCUGCCACCAGAGAUGCUAGAAGAGAGAAGUGAUGAAAAUGAAGAAAGUGGAGAUUCAUCAGCUGAGGAUGAAAGUGAGGGGUCAAGCAAAGAAAGUGAUGAUAGUGAUGUAGAAGUGGAUGUUGAAGGGAACAAUGAUGAAGAGGAAGAAUCUUUAGAAAACCAGAAUACAACAAAGAUCAAGAAAGCCAGUGGAAGUGUAGAAGUUGCUGAAGCUGACGAAGACUUUGUGAUGACAGAAGGAGGCACAGAAGAUGAUGAUGAACAAACAUUAGAAGAAGAAGAACAGCUGGAAGAAGGAGAUGAUCACAAAAGUGAAAUUGAUAAUCUCCAGAAGGAAGGUGACAUGCCCAUUGAGGAAUUGAUGAAGAUGUAUAGUGCUGCCGACAAUGAAUCUACAGAUUUGCAGACUGAAGAAGAGAGUUCACAAGAAUCAUCUUAUGAAGAGUUGAGUGCUGCUGAGGGGAUGGAAUACCUUGUGCAACAAGAGAAAGAUGGAGCUAGUGAAUCACAGAAUGCAGAUUCUGAUCCAGACCAAGAAUUGACAGAUGCAGCAGCAACAGCACAGAGCUUACAACCUCGAGGAUUCACUUUAGAAACAACUGAUAUCAAGACCAAAGUGCCAUUCCUCCUGCGAGGUGUUCUUAGAGAAUAUCAGCUGAUCGGCCUUGACUGGCUGGUGACAAUGCAUGAAAAGCACCUGAAUGGCAUCCUCGCAGAUGAGAUGGGUUUGGGAAAGACUAUUCAAACAAUUGCACUGCUUGCUCACAUGGCUUGUGAGAAAUGUGUCUGGGGUCCUCACUUGGUUGUGGUUCCCACUUCUGUAAUGCUGAACUGGGAAUUGGAGUUCAAGAAAUGGUGUCCUGGGUUCAAAAUCUUGACUUACUACGGCAAUCAAAAAGAGAGGAAAGCUAAGAGACAGGGUUGGACUAAACCGAACGCUUUUCAUGUAUGUAUCACAUCCUACAAGCUGGUCAUUCAAGAUCAUCAGGCUUUCCGCAGGAAGAAGUGGAAAUACUUCAUUCUAGACGAGGCCCAAAACAUCAAGAACUUCAAGUCCCAAAGGUGGCAGUAUCUCCUCAACUUCAAUAGCCACUGCAGACUACUUUUGACAGGCACUCCCCUGCAGAACAGUUUGAUGGAGUUAUGGUCACUUAUGCACUUCCUUAUGCCACAUGUUUUCCAGUCUCAUAAGGAUUUCAAAGAAUGGUUUUCCAAUCCUCUGUCUGGCAUGAUUGAAGGGAGCAGAGAGUACAAUGAAGGACUAAUCAAAAGGCUUCAUAAGGUUCUGAGACCCUUUCUGCUGAGAAGACUUAAGCUGGAGGUGGAAACACAGAUGCCCAAGAAAUAUGAACACUUGAUUCGAUGCCGCUUGUCUAAGAGACAGCGUUACCUUUAUGAUGACUUCAUGUCUAGGACUAAGACAAAGGAAACCUUAGAGUCUGGCCACUUUCUUAGUGUUAUUAACAUUCUCAUGCAGCUGAGAAAGGUUUGUAAUCAUCCCGACUUGUUUGAACCAAGACCAACAGUUUCACCAUUCUACAUGGAGGGCAUUGAGUUUUACACUGCGUCAUUGGUGCUUAGAGCUCUUGAUUAUAACCCCCUUAAACAUGUCAGCUUUGGUUACUUGAACUUGUGUGUAGCAGACAUAGAAAGGACAGUAACGAGCUAUGCAGCUUAUCGUUCACAGACUCUUCAGACACCUGCAAAAAUGAUUGUAGAAAUAGACUCCUACCCUGAACCAACCAGGAGGCUGGUUCCUCCAGUGAAACCUCGCAGGAUUUCACUUUCUGGGCAUCCUGUGCCUCCCCUAGGCAGUGUCAAGACAGAUAUAUCCAACAGUAUUCAUCCAAGUGGACAACACAUGCCACAUGUACCCCCUCCCCCUUACUCUGCUCAUCAACAACACAGAGUGCACCCCACAUACACUCCUGGUGCUAUUCCUUAUGGAAUUCCUCCAGGGUGGUCUCAGGACCAUUCGCAACGCCCAAGUUUUGGUGGAUCAUUACCUGGAAGAAUGCCGCCUGGAACUCCUGAAGGGCAACAGCCUCACAGCUACUCAACACGGCACAGUUCUGGUGCUCCUACCGGCUUUCCUGCAUCCAGGAUACUUCUGUCGGGAUUUGGAAGGGAAAUGCCCCCACCUCCACCCUAUCCAGGACCUGGAGCAGGCUAUGAAUCUCAGCGUCAACAUUUGGCAGCUGGGCAGUCGCCCUGGUCAGCUUCUGUUCCCUCUGCCACUGGUGUUGCUGUAGAGUCGCAUCAGUCUGUUCCAAGUAGCGCAAGCUUUCCAGCAGCUCAAAACCGAGCACCAGUAGGACAAACUGUUCAAGAUGGUGUAGCUAUUAGACUUCCCCAUCCUGAAUCAAAACCAGUGUCUCCAACCAAGCGAAUUGCCUUGGAAAGUAAAACAUCACUUCCUGCUCGUGCUGUCACCCAAGCCAACAAAGAUUCACCAUUUUUCUUGGAGAAUCUUUCAGAGAAGAGGCUCAAGGAAAGAAAGCAGAAGCUUGUGCGCAUUUUACGAGUCAACAAUCGUCAUUCUCAAGCACAACCAGUCUAUGGGCUGGAUUUGGUGCAGGCUGUGUCUGUUGUUAAGGAUGUGUGGAGUACAGUGAGAUGUUCUGAAUAUUUGACAAGUAUUUUCAAGACCCCAGAAGACAGAGUGACAGAAAUGAAGGAUAUUUUUAGCAGGUUUGUGUUUGCUAUUCCAUCUGUGGAAGCUCCUCCCAUCAAACUACAUAUGUCCCAUCCUCCGCCAUCCUACUUGUCAAAGAUGCAGAACCUCGAGGAGACACUUCAUGGUGAACUGAUGCCCAAGACAUCUUUUAUGCAUCCAAUUGCUAGAGGCUUGAAGAUGCAGUUUCCAGAAGUGCGGCUUAUUCAGUAUGAUUGUGGCAAGCUUCAAACUCUUGAUCUACUUCUAAGAAGACUAAAAGCUGGAAAGCACAGAGCUCUGAUCUUUACCCAAAUGACUAAGAUGCUGGAUGUUCUAGAGAGCUUUUUAAAUUACCAUGGUUACAUCUACCUGAGGCUUGAUGGUACAACAAGAGUGGAGCAAAGACAGGUCUUGAUGGAGCGCUUCAAUGCUGAUACUCGCAUAUUCUGCUUCAUCCUGUCCACCCGCAGUGGCGGACUAGGUGUCAAUCUCACUGGCGCAGACACGGUCAUCUUUUACGACAGUGACUGGAAUCCCACAAUGGAUGCCCAAGCACAAGACAGAUGUCAUCGCAUUGGUCAAACCAGAGAUGUCCACAUCUACAGACUGAUUAGUGAGAGGACAAUUGAGGAGAACAUCCUGAAGAAAGCAAAUCAGAAAAGAAUGCUGGGUGAUAUUGCUAUUGAGGGUGGAAACUUUACCACAGCAUUUUUCAAAGAGACUACACUAAAGGAUCUCUUCACCAUUGAACCAUCUUCUGAAGCUGUCAACACCCAGCCUAGCAUUACCAAGACAGAGCCCAUUGAUGAAGUUGUGACAGAAGAAUCUCAAAAAGAGCCUGAGACAACUGCAGAAGUUGGUAGAACGAAGACAGGAGGUGGAAAAGUGUCUCAGAGCUUGCUGGAGCAGGCAUUAUUCAAAGCUGAAGAUGAACAGGAUGCUUGUGCUGCUACAAGAGCUAAGGCUGAAGAGGCAGCAGAAUUGGCUGAAUUUGAUGAAGGAAUCCCUCUGAGUGAAGAUGGAAAGGAAGAAGAGCAAUCUAAAGUGGAGGAGGAACUGUCUGCUCUGGAGAGCCAGAUGACUGCUGUGGAAAGAUACGCAAUUCGAUUCUUGGAAUCGUCUGGUGCUUACAUCACACUGGAACAAAUCAAAGCAGCUAAGGAUGAAGUCGAAAUGGCAAAGAAGGACUGGGAGCUUGGCCACCUGCAGGCUUUGAAGAAAGAAGAAGAAAAAAGAGUUGCUGAAGAGGAGGAUGAAAUCUUGUACACAUACACACGAGAGGAAUCCUUGCAGGUUAAAAAGAAUAAGUCAAAAUCGCGUAGAUCAAAACUAAAUAGCAAGUGCUCUAGUAGAAAUUCCCUAACAUCUAAUCGAGCCAAAAAGAACUUAAAAUCAGAAGCCCAAAGUGAUGAGGUUCAAGUGGCUGUCAGGAACAGCCGCAGUACCAGUCGUACUUCAUCCAGAGCAAGCAGUAGAAGUAGUAGUUGUAGUAGCUCGAGAAAAAGUGCAAGAAGAAAUGUGUAUGUAAAUGAUGCUACUGGCGAAGAGAUGCCAAUCUGGACCCCACCCACCCCUCCCCGGGAUGGACAAGAUGAAAUAUAUGUGGACCCAACCUUGGCAUUCUUGUACGAGACAUCACCUAUGGCAACAAACCGUCUCCCACCUCUUUAUUUGACCAAAGAUCGUGUCAGCCGACCUACAUCAGUAUUUGACAGAAAUGGAUAUGAUCCAUUUGCCAGAGCUCGUCGCAGUUCACUGAGUAAGAAGUCAAAAAUGAAACACAUGAAGCAGCAAGUUGCACCCAGUAUAGUGAAACAAGCAGACUAUUCCCAGGGUACUGGAGUUCCAGAAUGGUUAAUCCAUGAAGACUGGGCUUUAUUACAGGCUGUUAAUUCAUUACAAGAAUUACCAGUGGAUCUUGCCGUAAAUGUUCCAAGUCAAACACCCAACUGGGACAUUGUCUGCGACAUUGUCAAUCUCACAAGUCGAACAUUCCGCUCAGCUCGACAGUGCCGUGAUCGCUACAUGAACAUGAUAAUUCCCAGAGAGGAGGGGAAAGUUCCCUUGCCUGUAGUAGAGGAGAGCUUGAAGAAGCUGAAGACAAGGUUGAAGUCAUUUUCUCAGCCUUACAUUACCCAACCUCACAGUCUACCAGUCAAGAUUAAAGGCACAAAUGGAAGAUCAUUCAAGACACAUCAUAUACUGGCUCAAGAUGGUGGCCGCUCACCAACUGUUGUACGAUCAUCUGUGUUUGAACUUGUGAAACGCACUUCACAAAAGAGAAAACCACCUCUCAGGCAAAUGUUGGUGGAUCCGCAACUAAAGAAUUUCACACAUUCUGCUAUAUUAAGGGCCAGUGGUAUAUCAGAGGAGAAGACUUUGAACCCAGUUCAGUUGGCUACCCUGAAAGCAGAACGAAUUGCCAGAGAAAAAGCAGCAGCUGCUCAAAAUGCUCUACAGCAGCAACAACAACAACAACAACAACAGCAGCAACAACAACAGCAGCAGCAACAACAACAACAACAACAACAACAACAACAACAACAACAAAAUCAACCAGUCACGACACCUGCACAAUUACAACAACCACAGAGCUCCCAGCUUCCACAACAGACUGCAACCAAACAGUUGCCAGCCAGUGUGCAGUCACUGCCAGCGCAAAAAUUGACCACUACCACUCAACUGAACUCCACAUCUGUAGCAGCAGCAGCAGCACUUCAGAAAAGUGCAACUCUUCAGGGAGCUACAGGAACCACACCUGCAACAACUUUACUCAAGACAUCAGCUCCUGGUAUUGUGCUCACAGGUCAGACGGUUCCAACUGGGACUGCAUCCAGCAUUGUGGUUAAUACACAUAAGGGUAAUGCAGCAGGUCUGAGCUCCAUUGCAUCUUCUUCAUUUGCUACCAUCAACAAAAGGAUGCAAGGAAAACUGCCAACCCCUCUUGUUCAAGUGCAAACUAAGGUGUCUUCAGCUGGUGUAGCCACAACAAGAUUACUGCAGACUCAGCCACGUCAAGUGAGUAGUUCUCUGGCGUCAAGCACAGCAACAUCACUUACACUAGGUGCCACAACCAGCAUGACAUCGGCAUCAUCAUCAUCAGCUGUGGUCAGUCAGAUUGGAAGGCAGACUACUCCAUCAGUUGUCACUGCAAGUCAUAAUCUGCCGGUAUCACCACAGCAGUUUGUAAAUCAACAAGGUAUUACGUACACUCCACAGCAGGUUGCAUUGUUUAAACAACGACAACAAAAACUACUACAACAACAGGCGCAAUUGAAAAAGGUGCAACUAGAUCAGAUGCGACAUCUUCAGAUUCAACAAGUUAAACAAGGUCAGGUGACACAAGGUGCUGUUGCAUCUACUGCCAGCUCAAUUGCAAAACCAGGCACAUUGCAGCAACCUGGUGUACAACAGAAACAGCAGCAGAUUGCAAACCUGCAGCAAGCAACCCUUUUGCAGAAGAAGGCUACUGCACUCACCCCACAGCAAUUUCAGCAGCUCCUGGCAACACCAAACAUUGCACAGUUAAGUCCUCAGCAACAGCUGCAACUACAACAACAACUUAAACAACGCCAGAUGAUGCAAAAGAUGGCAAUAAGGCAACAGCAACAGCAACAACCGCAAAAGGCAGUGGGAGGGGUGGCCAGUCUUCAAGGUGCACAGGGUGGCCAGAUGGCUACUGCCUCUGCUACAGUGACAACACCAAUGACAUCUCAGGCUCAGCUUCUUGUGGCACAACAGCAGGCGGCAGGUACUGCUCAGAAGAAGUCGGUGACUCCUCAGUCCUUGGUCAAGCUGGGCACUCCACAGAUUCGGCAACAACCACAGCAGUCUCAGCAACCCCAGCAGAUGACUACUGUCACACUGCAGCGGAACACAGCAGCAGCAGUGCAACUGCUUCAGAAACACCAGCAGCAACAACAACAACAACAACAACAACAACAGCAGCAGCAGCAAGUUCAACAACAACAACAAGUUCAACAACAACAACAACAACAGCAGCAGCAGCAAGAUCAGCAACAGCAACAACAGCAACAUACAUAUGCUAUGAGGCAGCGUAAACAUUAAAGAAGCUUCAGUCAUUCCAUUCAAACUUGACACUUGUUUAAAGGAGUUUUGUAAAAUUAGAUAGCAACUGUACAUUUUCAUCUCUUUUUUUUUUUUUGGUACUGAGGGUGAAGAAGUAUUUCACCAAAGUGUCAGCCAUAUUUUCAUGUUAUGCAUUCUUUAAGUGUAGAUAAAGUCAAGACAGUUGGUUGUCAUUGUCAUGAAGGGGUUACCUUGCUUUCAUAGUUUUAAUUCUGAUGCAUUUUUUUUCCUUUUGUCAUGAUGCUGAAACUUAAGUUGAAAACCGCUGUUCAGUUUGUUUUCCACCCAUGGGGGAUUGUUAUUUUUUUGUUUCUUUUUUUCCUCCAAGACAUGGUGGUUCUAGUGUUUAAAGUAUUCAUUUGGGUUCCAAUUUAUAGUUACCGUAAGUUGUAUUUAAAAGUUUAAUAUUGGAAAUUUUUUGUUCAUUAAGGUACAUAAUUUCCUGUGAGUAUGGAAGCAAGCCCUCUCUUAUGACAUGAUUUGUUUGUAACUGCCUUUUUGGUUUUAUUUUUUCAUAUUAGUGAAGAAACUGAACUGCUUGGAUGAUGAGCAAGUACUGUGUGAUUUGGCCAGUAUAAAUAAACCACUUCACAAUUUGCUUACCGCACCAUUAACCUUAAAGUCCACCCCCUCUAUGCACAUUUAAAAAGGAAACCCUGCUUUUAUUGGAAUAUGAUUGCAUUAUUUGUAAUUGGCCAUUUAUUGUUUAGUUUAAUUUACCUAGUCCAAGAUGGUGUGAUUUUGCAAUCGACAACAAAGAUACAGUUUAUCUAACAUAGUGAUAAUUGUUUGAACAUGUGAAAUAGUUUCACCAACUAUGAAAUGCUUCUAUACAUCCAAUGAGCCCCCUUCUACUCCUUGGGCAAGAAUUCAGUUUUGAUGUUCAUUUAGGACUUUGUGGUGUUUGAAAUUAAACCAGUGAUUAAAAGGCA